AUGGCUGACGAGACGCCGCCGGGCGAUCAUGGCAGUCCUGUCGGCAAACUCAACAAUGCUAUUUCUGAUUUUGCCUCUUCUUAUGUCAAGAAGGAAUUGCAGCAAUUGACCCGCGAGCGAGAUGAUGAGUUGGCGCGGAGCCACGUGCCAAAGCUGAGAGCUCUCCUCAGGGAGGUUGACAGGGAGCGCCAGGCGUAUGAACAAGACAAGGAGAAGUUAAUCCUAGGUCUGCGCAAGAAGUUACAAUUGCUCGAAGUCGACCCUGAUAUUAUCGAGAGUACCGUCUCAGAACUUAUCCCCGUUACCCCCAAAUAUCUGAGCGUCAUUCCCAGUGCUUCGACCCUGACUAUUCGACCCCCAACACCUUUUAUGUCACCGGUUCGCGAUAAUUAUUUUAGCACUGUUCUUGGCGCAGAUGUCUUAUCAAGCAUACCUCUAUUGGCGUCGCAAGUUCACGACCAAGGAACUUCUAAUUCGAUCAAAGAUCACUCUUCAAGCCCUACCAAUAUUAACGUAUCGCCGAACGUAGGCCCGAAUUUCGACCACCAAAUACAGAGUCAGAUCCUAUCCGAAAACCCCAUGACUAACAAAGCUCCUAAGCGGGUCAGCGCAGAUGGUGAUAGCGCCGCAAGUGGGAAGCGACGGAGAGUAGAUGGCGGAAAGAGUCUAAGUAGAUCUCAAUCGGAUAUAUUCCGCAAGAUCGCAUUCCCGAACCUAGAGACAGGGGAGCGUAUCUUCCGGCAUGCAGAACGUCAAGGCUUCUUCGUCAUACGAUGUAACAGGUCCAACUGCCAAACGGGAUUCUUCACGGAUCCGCCUCUAGCAUAUAAUAGAGCUUUGAAGCAUUUCCAAAGUCACGGCGAAACGGGACAAGACGGCGAAGAACUCACUAACGAAUACAUUUUCGAAAACUUCGCAUGCGAAAUUGAAGGUUCUAGCCUGGUUAGCAAGUACUGGAUUAAGGAACAUCUUGGCCCAUCGCCGCAUACCUUCAUUCCCGGAAGGUCGAGAUCCAAGAAUAUCCAAGCAGCAGAUACUCUUACUGUACGAAAGAGCAAAGAGGACGACAAGAAUUAUACGCCGUCUAGCAAACCCCGGAAUCCUACUGUGGUUGACGAAACCAAUGAGUCGGACGAGGAGGAAUUAGAGGCUGAGAAACCACGCCGCACGCCCAGGAGCGUACCUCGCCCAGACUAUGCGGAGUUGGUGGCGAACAAGGAUCCUUGGAAUCUAUCAGACGGUGACAGCGAUAAGGUCAUUCCCCGUUCUAUGAAGGAGUCUCGGACGCCUGGCAAUGGUGCUAUCAAGUCUACGAGAUCAGGGAGUAGUAUAUCACCUAGCUCGUCAAAAAGAUCAACGCCGGGGCCUUCAAUACUAAGAGCGAAGACAUCGGAACCGAGUAAACCUUUUGGUUACACCUCGGAGCAGUGGCCGAGACGGUCCGCACCUAGUUAG